CGCGCCGAGGCCGGGCCGGGGAAGGGGCGAGGGAGGCGGCCGCCCGCGGGGGGGACCCCAGGGACUCGGCGCCCAGGCGCCCGCCGCCCCGGAGGCAGGAUGAGCAUCGAGAUUCCAGCGGGGCUGACGGAGCUGUUGCAGGGCUUCACGGUGGAGGUGCUGAGGCGCCAGCCCGCGGACCUGCUGGAGUUCGCCCUGCAGCACUUCACGCGCCUGCAGCAGGAGAACGAGCGCAAAGGCGCCGCGCGCUUCGGCCAUGAGGGCAGGACCUGGGGGGACGCGGGGGCUGCCGCCGGGGGCGGCACCCCCAGCAAGGGAGUCAACUUCGCUGAGGAGCCUAUGCACGCCGACUCCGAAAACGGGGAGGAGGAGGAGGCCGCGGACUCAGGGGCGUUCAACGCUCCAGUAAUAAACCGAUUCACAAGGCGUGCCUCAGUAUGUGCAGAAACCUAUAAUCCUGAUGAAGAAGAAGAUGAUACAGAGUCCAGGAUUAUACAUCCAAAAACUGAUGAUCAAAGAAAUAGAUUGCAAGAGGCUUGCAAAGACAUCCUGCUGUUUAAGAACCUGGAUCCGGAGCAGAUGUCUCAAGUAUUAGAUGCCAUGUUUGAAAAAUUGGUCAAAGAAGGGGAGCAUGUAAUUGAUCAAGGUGACGAUGGUGACAACUUUUAUGUAAUUGAUAGAGGAACAUUUGAUAUUUAUGUAAAAUGUGAUGGUGUUGGAAGAUGUGUUGGUAACUACGAUAAUCGUGGAAGCUUUGGCGAACUGGCCUUAAUGUACAAUACACCCAGAGCAGCUACAAUCACUGCUACCUCUCCUGGUGCUCUGUGGGGUUUGGACAGGGUAACCUUCAGGAGGAUAAUUGUAAAAAAUAAUGCCAAAAAGAGAAAAAUGUAUGAAAGCUUUAUAGAGUCACUGCCAUUCCUUAAAUCUUUGGAGGUUUCGGAACGCCUAAAAGUGGUAGAUGUAAUAGGCACCAAAGUAUACAACGAUGGAGAACAAAUCAUUGCUCAGGGAGAUUUGGCUGAUUCUUUUUUCAUUGUAGAAUCUGGAGAAGUGAAAAUUAGCAUGAAAAGGAAGGGUAAAUCCGAAGUGGAAGAGAAUGGUGCAGUAGAAAUCGCUCGAUGUUCUCGGGGACAGUAUUUUGGAGAACUUGCCCUGGUAACUAACAAACCUCGAGCAGCUUCUGCCCACGCCAUUGGAACUGUCAAAUGUUUAGCCAUGGAUGUGCAAGCAUUUGAAAGGCUUUUGGGACCUUGCAUGGAAAUUAUGAAAAGGAACAUCACCACCUACGAAGAACAGUUAGUUGCCCUGUUUGGAACAAACAUGGAUAUUGUUGAACCCACUGCGUGAAGCGAAAGCAUGGAGCAAGAAGACUUGUAGUGACAAAAUUACACAGUAGUGGUUAGUCCACUGAGAAUGUGUUUGUGUAGAUGCCAAGCAUUUUCUGUGAUUUCAGGUUUUUCCUUUUUUUACACUUACAAUGUAUCAGUAAACAGAGUAGUGAUUUAAUAGUCAAUAGGCUUUAACAUCACUUUCUAAGUACUUAGAUCAUAAAAAAUUCCACAUACUGACAAAAUGACUUUCUACUCCAUACAAUUAUGAUUUGACUGAAAUGUUUAUUCAAAUGAUUGUAAUAUAUUGAGUGAAUCAGUAUUUAAGAAGAUAAUUAAAGGAUGUUAUCGUAGACAACAUGUGUUCGUUUUGACUUAUUCAAAAUUGAUAUGUUAGCGACUGUGCCCAUGUAGGAGGGAACUUGGCAAUGAAUCAUGCUAUACAGCAUGGCAUCACAUUCUUUUUACAACUCAUUAUGUAUAGUAAGUACAAUUUUAAUAAUUCUUGUUUUAAAAUUUUUCUGGCUUAAGUUAUUUGCUGGCCUUGGACUAUUGGCAACAUGGUAUAGAACAUCAUAUGCAAUUUUAAAACCAUUUAUAUUUUUGCAAUAAAGUACAUUUGACUUCUUUGGCAUAAUGUCAGUAAUCUACAUAUUCCAGUGGUUUUAAUGUCAGGCACUGUAGUCAUUAUAUUAAUAGAGAAAAGAAGUUUUAGAUAUGAGAUCAUUAACACAUUUUUUCCUCAGUAAGCAUAUAUCUUCGCUUCCUUUUUAAUUUUAUAAUUUUCUGAAUUCUUUAUCUUUAAAAUUUUGAGUUUGGCAUUCUGAGUCACAAAUGAGGUUUUAAAAAAGGCUAUUUAAAUUUGUUAGAUCUGGCAUUAUGUUUUGUCUGUUAAAAGCCUAAGAUCUUAUAGAUAGUAAACAAACAAAAAAAACUCUCCCGUGCUGAAAAUUAUUUUGGAUUCCGUAGUAACAUGCCCACAGGUUAUUUCUUUAUUCUUCACUAGGCCUAUGUAAUACAAUUGUUUGCAGACAUUUGCUCCCAGUCGGCUUCUGGUUUUCCUUAGAAUAGUUGCAAACCUGGGAUCUCGUGGGUCAGCAGCCGCUGAGAAAGGUUUUUCACUUGUCUUUUAACCUUUAAAAACUUUCUCCAAGGUGGUAGAAAUAAAUAUUUAUAAGCAAAGCCAUAUUCAAAGAUUAAAAGGAGUUUCUGCCCAUACCACAUAUUACCAGUAGGCUUUGCCAUUUGCUUUAAUGUAGAUUCAUAGUAAAGUGCAGAAUGAAUUCAACUUUAACAUAAUAUGAUAAUUGAUGUGCUUAUUCUUCUGCUAUAUAAGAUGAACUGAAUUAUAUUCAAUCAAAGCAGUAUACUAUUAUAUGCCUUCUAGGCCCACAUGACACCAAUGUCUAGAGAUACUAAUUCUAACCAGUUGUUCACUUUUAAAUGAGAAAUUUCAUUUUGGGAAACGUUUCAAAAAAAUAUAUGGGCAUGGGUAAAAUUAUUCUGUGGAUAGUUUGGUCUUGUUAGGGAAUGUUUAUAGUUCCACUUGUAUAUGAAAACAUGGUUAGAAUAUAUUAAUUGGAUAAUGUAUAUGUAAAAAGUUAUAUAAAGUAUGUAAAGGUAUAACUUCUGCCACGUUUUAGAACGUUUUUACAAGACCUUGUUGGAAAAAAUAGCUCUCUACAUGAAGAUGUGUUUUCUGUUUUACUUCAGAUUUUAUUUUAAAAGCCAUAUGUUAAACAAGAAAAAAACAAAGAACCCAGAAUUCUGGUUCAUCAUUAUGUAUUCUUUACUCACCUUUUCAAGUAACCUGUUUUGUUGCAGAAGCUGAUGGUUAACUAUUCAUAGAACAGCAAACAAAUGCCUGUUUAAUAAAGAACUCUGACCAAGGCUGUAAAUGCCAGUUACAUUAUUUUCAGUAUUGUUGGUUAUAUUUAAAUUUUCCUUAUAAUAAAGCACAGUUUUAUAAUAAAAUAUGUGAACUGGUUUUUAAUAAAGACUUGUUUUCUUGCUUGUUGCUUUAAUGUAACUAUAAUGCAUAGUGCAGUGAAAAGCAUGAUAGAAAUGUGGCUUAUGUGAAAGUUAACUCCUGGACACAAUGCAAGAAAUAUGUGUGGCAGUAGUUAUUUUUGUUUUAACUCUUAGUCAUAUGUGAAAUGUGACUCACUGCAGAUUAAUUUGGCCAUUUAGAAUAACCAAAUAAAUAAAUCCAGCUAACUUGGGAAUUUAUGUGGAAAAUUAUCUAAUUAAAAUACUUCACAUUUCGCUUAUGGAUGUCAUCAUUUAAUCACUAACCAAGAGUCUUUACUAUUUGGCAACUGUUGUGGUCUUAAAGGUGGAGUCUCCUGAUUCAAUUGUAUGUGGCUAAGGAAAGGUUGCUAUGAGUCGCAAUCUACUCGAUAGCGAUGGGUAGGGAAAGGAGUUCUCACAGAAUAUUCUUUUAACACUGAGGUGUUUUCCCUUAUUUGUUUUAAAUAAAUAUAUAGACAGAUGUGUUUUUCCUGUGUAUCAGUAUGAACUAGGGCUCAGUGCAUAUGUUUUAACAUAUAUUACGUGUGAUACAAAUUGGGUGAAUGUAUUUGGGUUACUAUUAUAAACUCUCGAAUAUGAUGCAAGGAACUUUGGAUUUUAUUGAAGUAUGUAAGAUUAAGAAAA